AGUAACUUAAAAUGUUGCUAACAAGACGCUGCUUGCGUUUUAAUUUUUUCAUUAGUUGGUAGUAUUAAAUAUCGGAUCGAUUUUGGAUCAACAUCACUUGACUGAUGGCAGAUGUAUUUAACUGUCAUAAGUUGGGUAGCAAGCUAGAGAAAAGCUUGCAACUAGCUAUCUAUGCAAGAAGUUAGCUAUGUUAGCUACCUGGUGUUAUUUUGCAAUCCAAGAAGUACACUAAAAAUGAUGAGGCCUGGGGAGAAUUAUGAAGUUGCAACGUGGUAUUUGCACAGAGGGAGCAGAAAAACAUGAGGCCGACUGAAAACCCCGCAGAUUUUUAGCAUCAAACAUAAACACGGGCCAAAUGGUUUUUAUAAACAUUCAAACAUGGGUGACAUGAAGACCCCUGAUUUUGAUGAUCUUUUGGCUGCUUUUGACAUCCCUGAUGCCACCAGUUUGGAUGCCAAAGAGACCAUCCAGGAGAAUCACGAUGAGACCGAAAGCCAACUGAAACACUCCGCGAUGUGUAUCGAUGACCGCUUAUCUGUUCACCAAUCUCUAGGUGUGUCUGAUGUUCCUGCUGUCAGUGUUAUAGUGAAGAACACAAGUUGCCAGGAGUUAUCUGAUAGUGGUGAAAAAGGAGAGGGCCCAUACUUCGGACACCCAUUGCAAAAUGGGUUGCAGGGAUCAGAUGCCUCCAUGGACUGUCAUGAGAUAGGCCACUGUGGUUCAAAAUCUUUUGUAUGUGCUUUGAAUGGGGACAGAUCAAGAGGAUUCUUAGGGAAGACCUUUGCCCAGCACAGUCCUGAUGGAACACUGUCCUUUUCCAACUCAUUUUCCCAGUUCAGCCCCAUCUCUAGUCCAGAAUCUGAAGAAAUCCAAAGCGAUGGGGUUGAUAUCUAUCCAAAACAGAGGCCAUACUUCCCUGCUGUCUCCAUGUUUAUGUCUGCAGAACCCCCAAUAUCAGAACAUCAGAAAAAAACACUGUCCUGCACCAUGGUUGACAAGUGCCAUAAAGUAGACUGUGACACACCUGAGAAGCUUCCAAGAAGCCAAGAAGAAUCUGUGAAAGCAGAGAAUACCAGGACAGAGAAGAUGCCUGACAGGAAUCUCAUUGACCAAAAGGGCAGCAGAGAUAGUUGUAGUAGUCCGGUGGUCCCCACGAAUGAGCAUAACAAUAUUGAAUCAAGCAAUAGCUUUAAAAUAGUGGCAGCGUCUAAUAUGCCCACCUGUAAUCCAUGUGUCAAAACACCAACAUCCAAACUAUCAUCUUGUCUUGAGGCAUUAGUGGCUCUGAAUGCCAGACGGGAUCCCAGUGAACUACCAACCUCUAGAGACAUGUCAGUGGCACGUGAUGGCAACACAAAAGUUAAUCUGCAAGUGCCCAUGUCGCCAUCAAGUCCCAGGAGUCUUGAAGCUGUGAGAUGGUUAAUGAAGCCACCUGACAGUCCUAUCAGCAUUUGCAGUGACAGUAGUGGCAAGCGAUCCCCAGCUCAGGCAUCUGGCUCACCCCCAGCCAUACCAAGGGUAAGAAUAAAGACCAUUAAAACCACAACUGGGCAAAUCCAACGCACAGUUACCAGUGUAGUCCCUGACUCAGAAAAUGAAGAGGCCCAAUCUGUGGAAUCCUCUCCGUCCCAGAGUAUGAUGGUAGAGGAGGUCUUUAGUUUGUCUCCCUUUCCUUCUCAUAAUGUGAUACGUGAUAUUAUUGUUGAUAUGCCCGUUAAAAGUACCCCAGUUGAUCCUGUGCCGUCCAAGAUUACUGACAACGGAUUAGAGUGGAACCCCAAGAGGCCAGGACCAAUGCCAUCCCCGACUAUUUUUCAUAGGAUAAGUAGUCCUGUUUUGAAAUCUAUGCCAGUUGCCCAGCACGGGCCUUCUACACCAAAAAAGAUUCCAUCAACUCAAGCUGGUAAUUCUACCAAUACAGGCUUCCUUCCCAAGGCAAUGCACUUAGCUAACCUGAACCUGGUCCCUCACAGUGUUGCUGCCUCCGUCGCGGCUCGCACAACCUCCCAUCAACAGAGCCAACAACAACCACUGUCCACAUCUGUGGUGUGCAGUACUGUUCCGCUAGUGCAUCAAGUGAAAAAAGCUGCCCCUUAUCCACGUGCUGCCAUUCCCAGCACAGCAGCGGGAACCUUAAACAGGCUGUUAAGUAAUGGCAACCCUCUACCCACAUAUGUACCCAACCUGAGCCCACCACCUGACUGCAACAUCAGCUUGCCCCCACGCGGCUAUUGCUGCCUUGAAUGUGGUGACUCGUUUGGGGUAGAGAGGAGCCUGUCCUAUCAUUAUGGCAGGAGGAGUGUGCACAUUGAGGUAGCCUGCACCCACUGUGCCAAGACCAUGGUGUUCUUCAACAAGUGUGCUUUGCUGGCACAUGCCAGAGAACAUAAGAACGGAGGUGUGGUGAUGCAGUGCACACAGCUCAUCAUGAAACCUAUAGCAGAGGGGCAGAUAUUUGCACACACUAUGUCGGAAUCCUCUGUACACGUGGGCUCCCAUGUGCCCCCAUCUGCCUCUCCUAAAAGCCAGCCAGUCAUGCCCCUCUAUCCAGACAAAGUCAACCGUCACAGACUCUGCUGCCUGGAGUGUGAUAAGCAGCUUUCCGACUACAGAGCGCUGGCAGGCCAUUACCAGAGGCUUUCGGAAGAUAUUGAUGGGCUGAUGUGCAAGGUGUGCUCAAUGCUGCUUCCCAACAAGUGCAGCUACCGGGCUCACCAGCGUAUUCAUACACACAAGUCCCCUUACUGCUGUCCUGAGUGCGGUGCGCUGAGUCGCUCCAUUGACAUACAGAAGCAUGUAAAAGAGAACUGUCUUCACUAUGCGCGGAAGGCCGGCUUUAAGUGUCUUCACUGUGAUAUGAUUUUCAUGUCAUUUAAUGUGCAGAAGAGUCACAUUGAGGACAAACACUGUGAGGUCUUCUAUAAGUGCACCAUCUGUCCAGUUGCCUUCAAGUCUUCUGAUGGAUGUCAAAUGCAUUUGACAACUAAGCACAAUGCCAGCAAAGAGUCUCCUCAGUUAAUCUUUAAAUGUUCAUGUGAGACUAUGUUUAAGAAAAAGCAGUUACUGUUUCAGCACUUUCAUCAGAAUGCCAAAAAGCUUUCUACCUGCGUGUUCAAGUGCCCUGAGUGCACCACAGUCUUCACCCAAAAGCAGCUGUUAAUGCAGCAUUUCAAGGGGGUACAUGGAGGGAUGUUCAAAGAGGAGAUGGAGAAAAGCGCAAAAACAACAGAGAUGACUGCACAGCACCAAGAGGUUACCUUAGCAUUCCACCAGCCAAAGGUAAACACUGGAACCAGAAAGAGGGCCAACUUGGCUGGUCAGAACAGAAAGCUCCAUUUGAAGAAUUCUGGCUGGACCUGUGGAGAGUGCUUGCAUUGGCUGCCUGAUCGAGAAGCUUACAUUUCUCACAUGAAGAGCAGUCAUGGGAGGUCACUAAAGAGGUAUCCAUGUCGGCAGUGCGAGAGGUCUUUCAAUUCCUCUACAAGUUUGAGAAGACACAUUCGCAAUGACCACGAUGCAAAGAAGAAAACCUUUACUUGCUGGUAUUGCACAGAUAAAAUGACAACAUUCACCACAAGUAUCAUGUUGAAGAACCACAUCAGUUUGAUGCAUGGGAUAAAAAAUCCAGACUUCAGUCUAAUGUCAGUGUCUGCCCCCCAGGAUUCCUGCAAACAAUUGGGAGAGAUUUCAAAGAGACCUGCCGUGCAGUCUAAGGAAGAUGGACAGGAUGCUGCUGUUCUAGAAGGCUCCUCUGUAAAGCGUCUAAAACCUCAUUUUCGCUGCUUUAAGUGUGGAUUUACAACAGAGGAUGGUGCACAUUUCCGGCAACACAUUCCUCAGCAUAAAACAGAUGGAAACACUCCCCAGUGCCUUCACUGUGGAUUAUGUUUUGCAUCUCUCCUUUCUCUCAACAGACACAUGUUUAUUGUGCACAAAGUCAAAGAGCCAGAGGAAGACAAAGAAACAAUGGAUGUGGAGUAUGAGACCAGUAAUAAGCAGGAAGAGGAUGUGGGUAAAGCAGGGGUUGUGGUUGAGAGGGAGGACUUGCCACACCUAUUAGUUACAUCUGAAUAUUCACGUGCAGAGGAUUCAACCAGGUUGCACUGUGAAACUGCAUUACUGAACUCCCAUUCCACAUAUACCUCUCAUCUAGAGAUUCAUGAAUAGUGUCAUCAAGCAAAAUUACAUUUUUGACAGCAAUUUAAAACUUUAAGCUGCUAUCUCCAUUUCCUUGGUUUAAUUUUAAAAAUUCUGAUGCUUGAAAUACUGCACAAAAGUGGUACUUUUUUUGACACCUUAUAUGACACCCCUGGCCCAAUUUUGGUAUAUCUUGUUAUAUGCUAUAAAAAGUGAUUUAAAAAGCUCAUUUGAAGGGUAACACCAUUUAUCCCUUUUGACCAAAAGUCAUAAUAUAUGGAGCAUAGGUCCCUCUUCUCACAAGGAACAAAUUAGCCCCAGGGACCUAUAAGGUAUGCGAUAAUGGAUUUUCUGCCCCCAAAUAUUUUUAUUUAAAAGAUAUUCCACUUUGAAUACUGUCAAUGAAUGAUUCAACAAUAUGCCACAUCUAUUGACAAGCAUCACUCCAUGCAAUAUUUUUCAGAUUGGUACCUAAAAUGAAAAGGCUGCUAUUAACCCAGAACCAUCCAGAUGGCCUGUUUGUGCGUAAAUUAAAAAUGUAAACCGAUUUAGUUGAGAUUUUAGUGAAUAUUGUAUAUUGCAAUAGAGAGCUAUUAUUUACAAAAUUACAAAUUUGGCCAGAUAGUGAAGAUAUAUCAAGAGCUUACAAAUGCAAAUUGCAAGGUCACUCACUUCACCCUGCUUUAUUUAAAGCAAUAAAAAUUCGGUACGUAGGUCUGUGAGAGGCCCUAUUUAGGAAAUACGUUCUUGCAUGGUAUUCACCAUUGAAGGGAUUUGUAACUACAAUGAAGUCAACUGGGUGGGACUUCUGACUUUGACUUUGGAUCCCUCCUGAAAAUCCAGUUGAUCAUUAGCGUAUCCCUCCUAAUGAACUAGAGAGGAACAACAGUCACAUGAUCUCCCUAUGUUUAAUGGUUCCUCCGAAAACACUCAGUUGUUAAAAAUAUCUCACCUUAUCGAACAGUGAACUCAUCCCACCUCAGACUUAUUACUACCAAUCCCAAUUGCACCUGAGCCAAGUCCCUUGGGGAGGAACCAUUGAUGUGCUGGCAAGGUAACUAUUCACUUUUAGAUGGAAGAACAUGGGGAUGACAUUUAAAGUAGUUUACUUUCUUUUAUAUAAAAUGUAAUUUUAGGCAACGGUUAUCAUACAUUAGUUUAUUUUUUAUUUUUUUUACCUGGGCCAGCAUGUUUUGUAUUAUACAGUGUGUAUGACUGUGUAUAUGUACAAUGUAUGUAUGUGUCUGUAUAUAGGCAUACACACACAGCAACCACACCCACCUGGUAAGGCAGUUUGGUUAAUCUUCAUUGUCUUGUGUCUCCAGUUAGCUUAUACUGACAAGACACUCUGCAUUUGGUUUGAUAGCCUAAUGAAAAUGUAUUUACUUUAGCUUUUGGCAGCCAUAUCAUAUGCUUGGUUUAAUAUUUAAGUAAUUUUUUGCCUUACUAAAUAAGUGGCGCUUCAGGUUGGUCAAGACAAUGCUGAUGGUAUGUAACAGCAUUGCCACUUCUAUCUUACUUUACAUUGAUAUUUACUGUGACCUAGGUAAUUAUAUCAAAUCAAUACCAAAAAUUGUUUAACAUUCAUUUAUUGUCAAAGCGGGUUAAACCACCAAAACAGCACUUUUAUUUACAUACGUGUUGGAGUUGAAUGCCUUGCUACAUUUUUUUUUACUCUUGCUUUUGUCGGCUGAUAAAAGUUAGCAAUUAUUCAUUUGAAAUCAAUGUUUUUUUAUGUGAUCGUUGGUGACUGUUCAUUGAUUUUAAGAAAGCGUCUGCUUUGCAAGCAGUGUGCUUAGGUUGUUGGAAGAGCAGUGAUUCGGUUUAAAAGUUUAUAGCAUAUUUGAGUGCAUGUGAAGAAAAAAAAGCUGCAGUGACCUGUCCAGCUUUUCCUACCUCCACAGUAUAUGGCAGUGAUUGUUAAAUUUCAGAUGCAUUGGGAGAUUUCUCUUUUUUGUGUUGCCACAGUGUAAAAUGUAUUGUUAUUAUUCUCAAUGUAUUAUCUCCCACAGUACUCAAUUUUAUAAAUUACUUUGGAGAUUUAUAUUUAUAGUCACAUUGACUUAUCUUUGGAACUUUAUUUAAGUGCUGUAUAAAAUGUUCAUUUCAUAAUGGGUUAGGUUAUUUCAGUCAGCAUCCAUCCUUAAGACAGAUCCACUGUUAAACUACAGUGGCUGAUACAAAAUCUUACAACUCAGUGUUUUUAUAUAGGCUGUCAAGACAAAUUUGUACUUUUGAUAAUAUACAAAAUAUUAAAGACUUGUAAGCUAACCCAUGUACACAGUAGUUAAUGAACCUUUUCUUAGCAGCAUUUCUUAAGCCAUCACAUGUAUUCAACCUGCAUUGGCCAUUGUGCCUUGCUGUAAUGUUUAAUUCAAUAAUUGCAAAUAAACAUGUACAUGUCAGCAUCAAGGUGCCUUGUACUCAAAUGA